ACCUUUGGGGAGCGGAGGUGGAGCAGGUACCCGAAUUUGACAGGUACCCGCUCCCACUUCCUUGGAAGUUGUCCUCUCUCCCCAAAGUCUUAUGGGACAUGGGACAGGUCCCAGAAGACUACAGAGCCAUUCACAAAGCGCAGCGCUUCUCGUGCAUGCACAGUGGGCACCCGGCUGUGAAGCCACAAGCUGUCACAGCCGGGUGCCCACACUGAAGAUGCCGGCGCCAGGGAGAGAAGACGGCCAGUGAAACCAGCGGUGACGAGGACACCGCUUG